AUGUUAUUCAAUAAAAUUCAGAAUAUUCUAGCUUGUAUUAUAGCUUUUCGUUUAAUUUCUUGGUUUAUUGUACGUACAUAUUUUAUUGCUGAUGAAUAUUGGCAAACAUUUGAAAUUGCUCAUUCACUUGCAUUUGAUUAUGGUUAUAAAACAUGGGAAUGGAAAUCAAAUAUUGCUAUAAGAAGUUAUCUUUAUCCAUAUAUUAUAUCAUUAAUCUAUCGAUUUUUAGCAUUAUUUCAUCUUGAUACAGUACCAAUAUUAAUUAAUACAGCAACAUUAUUUCAAACAUGUUUAGCAAUUAUUGGUGAUAUUGCUUAUUUAAAAUUUCUACAAGGACAUAAAUUAAUAUUUUUAACUCUUUUAUGUCGAUUUACAUGUUGGUAUACAAUGUAUUCAUCACCAAGAUUAUUAUUAAAUAAUUUAGAAGAAAUACUUUUUAUUUGUAGUCUUACUGCCGCUAAAAAUUUUCGAUCAACUCGAUCAAAUAUUGCUUUUCAUAUAUUUGUUUCUUUAUCAUUUAUUCUUCGUCCAACAUCUGCCAUUCCAUUUGUUAUUAUAUAUCCAUAUAUAUUAUAUAAAACUUCCAAACGUUUACAAUUUCUUAUUCAAGCAUUUACAUGUUUUACUCUAUUAAAUAUUUGCAAUAGUCUAUUAGAUAGUUAUAUGUAUAAUCAGUGGACAUUUGUACCAUUGAAUUUUUUAUAUAUCAAUUUUUUUCAUCCAAAUUCAAUUUCAUCACAUUAUGGUAUAAAUAAUAUCUUUUGGUAUAUAACAAAUGGUCUUCCAAUGAUAUUUUUUUAUCGUUUACCAUUUCUUUUUCUUGGUGCAAUUCAAGAGAAACGUUUAACAAUAAUAGUUCUCUUUACAAUAUUCAUUUAUACAUUAAAUGUUCAUAAAGAAUUUCGAUUUUUAACACAAAUUUUACCAAUAUUAUUUAUUUUAGAAGCAAAUGGAAUUAAUUGGUGUUUAAAACGUUUUCAAUGGAAUAAAUUUCGAUGGAUUUUCUAUCUAUCAUUUAUUGGACAUAUAUUCAUUGGUAUUUAUUUUUCAUUGAUUGAUCGUCAAGGACAAAUAUCUGUUAUGAAUUAUAUACGAAAUAAUUUAUCAAAUGAAAAUCAACAAAUACUAUCCGUAGAUUUUCUUAUGCCAUGUCAUUCAACACCAUAUUAUAGUUUUAUUCAUCGAGAUGAUAUUCAAUUAAAUUUUUUAACAUGUGAACCAAAUUUAAAUAAUAGAACAAAUGAUUAUAUGGAUGAAGCUGAUAAAUUUUUUUUAAAUCCAAUUGAAUCUUUAAAACAAAGAUUACAUGAUAUAAAUCCAAGUCAUUUAAUUAUGUUUGAUACACUUUAUGAUCAAGUAAAAGAAAUCUUUGAUGGUGAUCAAUGGUUUUCUGUCAAAGAUAUUAUAUUUAAUUCGCAUAUUCAACAUACAUCACGACAUGGAAAAAUGAUUUAUAUUCUAGAAAAAAAAUGA